AUGCUCUUGACUUCAUUGCUUGAAUAUGGUCCUAUUUUUUCUAUCCGCCUAAAAAAUAUGGAAGGUUCUAUAUAUAUAGCAAACGUGAAUUUGCAUACUACUGGAGAGCUAUUGUUAGAGAAUUACGAAAGGUGCGUAGGGCGAGAUGACACCGCCGAGUCCUAUAAGCAUAUAUACUAUUAUAAGGGCCCCGUCGUGUCCUAUAAGAUUAUAUACAAUGAUAAGGACAUUCAACUUUCAGAUACAUUUAAGGAAUUGGGGAUUAAGGGAGGAGAUCUUCUUAAGUUAACACUUGGUGAAUGUACAAAUUCUAAAGUAUUUCAGAAAAUAAAGUUUGAUUUUACACCGGAUAAGCCAAGAAGUUUAAUGACAAUCUUUCUCAAAACGCCUACCAAAAAAAAAGAACUUAAAGUAUACUGGAGUGAUACAAUCAUUCAGAUUAAGAAGAUGAUCCAUGAUUUGGAAGGUAUUUCCCCACAAAAGCAACUUAUUACUUUUAAUGACGUUGAAUUGGAAGAUGAUUAUACUUUAUCGCAUUACAAUAUUCAAAACGAAUCGACAUUGUAUCUAACUUAUAAAGAAAUGAUUGUUUAUAUAAGAAUGGAGACUGGAGAAACAAUAGAAUAUGAGUCGAUGCCUCCUGAUAAUUCCAUCCAUAGAAUAAAAUCAAUGAUUGAGGAUAAAAAACACAUUCCCUCUGUAAUGCAGCGCAUCAGUUUUAAUGGAAUAGAAUUAUAUAAUAAUUACAUCCUGCCAUCUUACGAAAUCAAAAAUCGAUCUGUAAUUAAUCUAGAGAUCAAAUCAAUAAUUUUCGUAAAAAGAAAUACCGGAUCAAUUAUAGAACUAGAUGCUGAGACAAAAGAAACGAUUGGACAGAUUAAACAAAAAAUCCAGGAAAAAUAUGGCAUCCCUCUAGAACAACAAUCUCUCUUUUUUUUAACCAAGGAAUUAUGUGAUCAGAAUACAUUAUCGUAUUAUAAUAUUCAAAAUAGAUCCACAUUGGAUCUAGGAUACAAGGAAAUAAAGAUUUUUGUAAAUGCAAUAGACGGAAAAAUAAUAGAACUGAGAGUAAAGAGAGAUUACAAAGUCGAAGCUAUUAAACAAAUGAUCCAGGAUAAAGAAGGAAUUCCCUAUCACCAACAAUAUCUUGCUUUUAGUGGAUAUAUGUGUGACCAAGAAUUCUUGUCAUAUUACAAUAUCAAAGAAGGGUCUAUAUUGCGUUUAGAAUAUGGAAAAAUGUCAAUAAAGGUCAAUUUGAUGGGCGAAAAAAUCAUAAAUCUAGGAGUAGAAAAAAAUUUUACCAUCGAACAAGUCAGGCGAAUGAUCGAAGAAAAAGAAGGAAUCUCCUUGAAUCAAGCUCAACUCGAAUUUUCUGAAAGUAUUUUGGAUCCUAAAAAAACCUUAAUGUUUUAUAAGGUUACUAAUGAGUCUAUCCUAUACUUAUACUUAUAUAAUAAUUAUUUUAGCGGUAAUAUAAGUGUGAAAACAUUGACUGGAAAUAAGAUAACUCUGUCAGUGGGAUCAAGUAACACCAUUAAAGACCUCAAAUUAAAGAUUCAAGAAAAAGAAGGAAUCCCCCCUUAUCAACAACGUCUUGUUUAUGCGGGAAAGCAAUUAGAUGACGGGCGUCUCUUGUCUGAUUAUUAUAUCAGAAGAGAUUCUUUAAUCCAUCUUGUACUUAGAUUACGUGGCGGGAUGUUUCAAGAAACUAGUGGUCGACGAGAAUUUGAUGCAUUACCAUCACUCACACAAUAUAUGCUAACACCUGAAGAACGUCUAAAUAAUGGAAUUCAUGCUGGUAUCGCCUGUAAUUAUUGUGGAAAACGCGAAUGGAAAGGGAUGAGAUAUAAAUGUUCAGAAUGCCUUGAUUAUGACUUGUGCUUUGCUUGCAUCACAAUGUCCAACCUACUUCAUAACGUGCAGCAUCAUUUUCUAAAACUCGCGGAUCCCGUAGAUCCAAAGGCGACUCCCGAAGAUAUCUUAUCUGCUUCUGUUACCAUCCUCCCAAUAUUACCUGACACGAAAGAGAAAUUGUUGGUUCUGCUACGUGAGGAAGAACGCCGAAGGUUUUCACCUGAAAUGCAAAAAAAGUAUUACGAAGUUGGUAAUGAUCCUACAUGUGGUAUGGAUUGGAUGGAUGUCACUGAUCAGAUGCAGCAUGAGUUAGUUCAAGAAUUUGGAUAUUCAGAUGAGGCAGUGCAAUUAUUACGGCGUGCACCACAGCUUUAUCCGAAUGAUCCUGAAUUUCACACAACUCAAGUAUAUGUUCGAAACAAUAUUGCCAAUAUUGGAACCCUUACUGAAGGAAUGCCUGCACCUGAUUGUUCAUUGAUUCCUCUCGAACCUUCAAUGUUCAAAGCAAUUAUUCUUAAUGGUAACUUCAAUUCACCAAAUAUGGUUUCUUUGCGCUUACUUUGUAAAUCAGGGCGACCUCUUGUUCUAUUCGGCGGAUCCUAUACUUGUCCCUUAUAUCGAUACAUAUCUCACGUACUUAAUGAUAUAUAUACUCGAUAUAAAGCGCAAGUGGAUUUUUAUAUGAUUCAAAUUCGAGAAGCCCAUGCUUCCGAUGUUUGGCCUAUUGGUAACAUUGUUGAUGUCAAGGAGCAUCGCACAUUAUCUGAUCGUCUGGCCGCUGCACGUGAGAUGGUCGAAAAAACCCAGUUGGAAAUUCCAGUGUUAGCAGAUACAAUGAAUGAUAGUUUCUUAAAAUUGUAUUCACCAUGGCCAUUCCGUUUUUUUGUCGUUGUAGAUGGUAUUUUAAAACUUGUAGGGAUGCCAAAAGAAGCACGUUAUGAUACAACGGAUCUUGUUAAUUGUUUGGAUAAUAUUUUAUGUAGCAAAAGAUAUUGA